AUGGCAGAGAAAUUGGACUGGUAUGAACUUUUGGUGCUCGGAGAUAGGGUUAGCGAUAAAGCCGCAUUGACUUUGCUGAACACAAUUUCGUUAAGACCUACCUACCUGACUAUGGAAGAUUUAUUCCGUAAGCAAGUCAAAAUCUAUGGACAGUCGCGUAUACUCGAGCUACUUAAUCUUGUGGGCCUGGAAGAAUACACAGCACUGAGAGAUCGAUGGAUAAAGUUUAGGGAUGGCUUCGUUUUGGUAUAUAGCGUUAAGUUGCGCUCGCCAAUCGCCUAUAUACUAAAACUUCCACCGGCACAUCCGGUGGCUCAAGGAGACUAUAUCAUCGGGGUCACCAAAUUACCAAGGAUUAUCAUAUAG